AUGGGUUGGUUCGGUGACGACUCAGACCAAGCUCAAGCGUACGAGCAAGUAACCGAACGUCCUCAUGAGGCAAAGUGGUCCCACGAGUUGAUAGGUGGUGCUGCAGCCUAUGAGGCAGCCAAAGCCUACGAGGACCAUGUUGCUCGAAAUGGACAGCCUGACAGCCACGCUCAGGCGAAGGAGAUCCUAGCCGGUUUUGUCGGUGCCUUUGUUGACCGUGAAGUUGAGACGCGGGGACUGGACUUUGUCGAUAGGGAAAAGGCCAAGCGUCAUGGCAGGGAACAUGUAGAAGAGCAGUUGACUAUCGACAGCAACUCGAGCUGGUAG